GGUGGAAUGCUGUUACGUCUGUCUGUGGUGUACAUGAACAGGAAAGAGCAGUUAACAGCACAGCAGCUAUUGGGAUUUCCCCACAAUUGUUGAGAAAUCUGCAUGAAGUGAACAGUUUGGAAUUAAAUCAAAACAAAUUGCCAUCCAGAAUUACGCAAUCAGUUAUUUAAAGACUACAACGUCUGAAGAAUCUGCCAGAUGAUCUUGUACAGAAGAUCUUGCACAGAAGACAGAGAACGUAACUUUCUAACUAGUUCAUGACAAUUUCUGUUCUAUAGGAUUUUAUUUUUGUGGUUUUGAAAUAACACAGAUGAAAAAGAUGGAAAUGUCUGAAAAAGCUACUGUUGGUGAAAAUGACCGUAAGCGUGAGACAAUUUGCAUUUUUGGCACUGGGGACUUUGGCCGAUCUUUGGGUAUGAGGCUGCUCCAGUCAGGUCACCCAGUGAUAUUUGGCAGUCGAAACCCACAGAAUUCCACCUUGCUGCCAAGUGGAGCUCAAGUCCUUACCCACGCCGAUGCCCUGAAAGAAUGUAAGAUCAUUUUCCUGGCGGUUCACAGGGAGAACUAUGAUUUCCUCCUGGCUCUGUCCAAUUUGCUUGAUGGAAAAGUGUUGGUGGAUGUGAGCAACAACCUCAGAAUUAAUCAAUACCCAGAGUCCAAUGCACAGUAUCUAUCUCAGCUGCUCCCUAAAGCUAUUGUGGUGAAGGGGUUUAACACAGUUUCUGCCUGGGCCCUCCAGUCAGGCAGUCUGGAUGCUAACAGUCAGGUCUUUGUCUGUGGUGAUGAUGAUAAAUCUAAACAGCGGGUGAUGGAUGUUGCCAGGAGUUUAGGCCUCACUCCUUUAGACCGGGGAUCCCUUCAGGCAGCUAAAGAAAUAGAGAACUACCCGCUGCAACUCUUUCCAAUGUGGAGGCUGCCACUUGCUAUUGCAUUCGGUCUCACAGUAUUCUUCUUUGUUUACUGUGUGGUGAUUGAUGUGAUCCAUCCAUAUGUGACAAAAAAUAGAGAUGUUUCCUACAAGCUUGCAAUUUCAGUUCCUAAUCGCAUCUUCCCAAAUGUCUCCCUCAUCCUGCUUAGUCUGGUUUACCUGCCAGGUGUGAUUGCUGCUUUUAUUCAGCUGCACAGAGGGACCAAGUAUAAGAGAUUCCCUAACUGGCUUGACAGGUGGAUGUUGUGCCGCAAACAACUGGGACUUGUGGCACUUGCCUAUGCUUUUCUACACGUUCUCUACACGUUCAUCAUACCACCAGAAUCGGUUAGGUGGCGUUGGAUACACUCUAUGAUUGAAGAGUCAAAGAUGAAUAAAACGAUGGAGCUAAGCAAAGUGCUGUCCUGGCGUGUUGACGUAUACUUUGCAUUAGGAAUGUUGGGAUUUGGUCUUUACAUUCUUCUGGGCAUCACAUCCUUUCCGUCUGUCAGCAAUGCUGUAAAUUGGAGAGAAUUCCGAUUUGUCCAGUCCAAGUUGGGCCAUGUGACCCUCCUACUAUGUACUGCACAUGCUGCUUUAUUUGGUUGGGACAGAUUUCUACAAUCAAAAUGGUACAGAUGGGGGCUUCCACAAGCAUACAUGCUGGCCAUUGUAAUUCCCUGCGUUGUACUGGUCCUAAAACUGAUUCAGAUCACCCCGUGUGUAGACAGAAUGAUCGUCAGAAUCAGGCAGGGUUGGGAGAGGAUACCAAAAACCAAGCAGGCUCUGGUGUAAGUUCACAAAACAUUGCAUUGAAGAAGCUUUGGAUGAAGAUUUCCUUUGACAAGGAAUUGAUCAGUCAAUCUGAAGAUAAAUGGGCAGAAAUGA